AUGACAGCGCGACAACAGCGAAGCGGCAGGACUCGCAAACCUGCACCAGCAACCUCACUGUUGGCCCGCCUCGUUGCAUGGGAUGAGCAGCUCUCACAGCGGUGUCAUGUGCGAGGCUGGGGAUAUGAGAUGCUGUUCAAGGUGCUGGAGUGGAGUGGACACGGUGUGCCUUGGCUUGUCUUUGCUGCAUUCCUCGUAGCUGCCACACACCCCGACGCCACAGAGCCAGAUUCCAAGCUGGCAUCGUGGCUAGCCCACGUUCCACAUAUCAAGCCCGGCAGCGUACUCGGGCCCUUGUGGGAUGCUGCGAAAGUGCCCCUCAUGACUCGGGAAGCCUUGCACCAAGCAGCAUGGCAGUUCUGCUUUGCCCUCUUUCUUGAUCUCGCGCUUGUGGGCACCGUCAAGGUCGCAGUGCGCCGUCGUCGUCCAUCCUACAACAAGA